AUGGCGCCUUUCAGCACUGGCUAUGUGAAAGGAUGGCGGCGCUCUUUGACAGCGCUCGUGGUGGCUGAUGGCAUCCGUUCUUUGGACCUCUACUCUGAGCUGACAGAGAACUUCAAGAAAUCGAUGAGCGUGAUCUAUGGCACGGUGGCACAUUUCUCCACUCUCCGUGAUGUUGUGCAUUGCAACCGCGGAAUCUCCAUGGCUGCGGCCGCCACAAGGAAGGCUCCGAAUGCCUUCAUGUUCUGCAGGCAACUGGAUGUCCUUCGGAAAGCCGGGGAUGAUCAGGAGUGGGGUUCCGCAGCUGCGAUCAUGAAAGCAUUCCGAAUAGGCAAGCAUGAGAGUGGUGCAAUUGCCAACUUGCAGAAACACAUGGCGCGCGAAGUUUCUGAAGGGUUGAAGGAUGCCGUCCGAAUCCGUGGAAUGAAGCAGUUUGUUCUCCAUGAGACAAUCAGCCGGGAGAUUUUCAAUUCGGCGUUCACCUCGGGAACAGGGGUGUUGGAGCAGUGGGCGGUUCAACUCACAAACACGGAGCCGAAUGAGCUCGCUUUGCUGUUGAUUGAGCGGAUGAAAGCUGAUUGGGAUCGCAGCAGUGUCCGGAAGCCUUGGGGCGUGAAGGAGACUACGCAUCUCCAUUCUAUGUGCGGUGCAUUCAUCCACUUCAGAUCCAUGUUUGAGGCCAAGGUGAGUAGUGAAGAAUAUGCCAAGCACUCUCAGUCGUUGCAUUCCAACUUCCUUCAAGGGUUUUUGGAUGCUGAUCUGGAGCACGGGCUUCUGACCACAGUGCCGCCGGGUGACGUGACAAACAUCGGCUUCCUGAGGACCAUUGUUCAAGACUCCGAGAAGCGCAUCGCACUGGAAUUGGAGGAGAAGGAGCAGGAGCUGGCUGAACGCAUCGCAAAUGCCACCCUCGACUCUUUGAAGCUCAAGAUUGACGUGGACUUAGCUGCACUGCGCAAGGCUGCGCCAUCUCCAGAGAAUGAUGCCAUUCAGGCAGCUUUGGACUGCAAGAGAGGCCAGUCUUGGGUGAAGACUUGGAUGGAGGAAAGGUUCCAGCUCAUUUUGCAGCCCGACGGCAACAUGUCCCAAGUCUUGGGCCAAUUUGCAAAGUUCUCUGCAGAAGUGUGCAAGGGCGGUGAUCAAGCGCACACCUUGAUCCUGGUAGAUGCCACUGUGUACCCCGCCAACGCCCAGUACUUCAACCAGGCUUUGCAAUCCAUGGCCACGGUGCUGCACUUUGGAGGGCAUUGCAUUGCGCAUUGCCAGCUUCCAGUGAUGCAAUCCAACACGACAUCGAAGGCGCUCCUCAAUCAUCGCAGGAGCAUGGAGGAUAUGUUUGUCAACAACAAUCUCGAUGUCACGGUUCCAGUGACCUUGCACUUCCAGAAGCCUGCGGAUACUAGCAACAACGACAAGAGACGCUUGUCGCAGCUUUGCUUGGCAGUGAGUUCCGACUCAGAGAAGCUGAUGUGGUCAGUGCCUCCAGUCAUUUCGCAGAUCCCCCUCGUCAAAGUGCAGGACAUGCGGGGAUUUGAUGAUGGUAGCAAACCCGGCCCUACGGCCAGGGCGGAGCAGAAAGGGGUGUUGGCGCACGAGAAGAUUUUGGCUGCUUAUUUGAAUGGGGUCACUUGGCCUCGGAACAGCAAGGUGCUGAUCUUUGACAUGGUUCCCAACAGGCAAGCUGAGUUUGGACGAGCCGCUUUGGAUCGGGCCUUGGCAACAAAUCAGGUGCCAAAAGUUCACUACAUGGGCAUCAUGCGCCCAGACAUGAAAAGUGUUGUGGGUGAGUUGGAGCAGCAAAUCUACAAGUGGUGGGAUGAGUCGGAUGAGUCAGGGCCGAAGCAGCGUCCACGAACAGAACAGGAGCGGCCAGCCCUUACAAUUUUGAGAUGGGCAGGCUCAGUGCCGAAGUUGCCCGACCAGGUCCUUGGAAGUUUCCCAGUGGGCUCACCUCAGCAUAAUGAGAUCUUGAAGCUGGAGCAAGAACUCAAGGCCGUUUGGCCAAGUCAGCCACAACCAGAGAGAGAUAGCCCAGCGGCCCCUGUUCGCACGAGUGCUUUGCCUGAUUUGACCGGCGCCAGAGUUCUGGAUGUCACUCGCGAAAUCAGUGCGGCUCAUAUCUCUGCUGUGUGCUUCGAUGUUCAGAGGCUUGCAUUUUGCCAGGGGAAGAGUGGGAAACCGAGCAUCCUUAUAAGCAAAGAGCUUGACAUUUACCUGGGCAACCUGGAGAACACGGAGAUCGUUUGCCCGGCUGGUGAGUUGUUCGGAUUUUUCACAGGUGCUUUUGAAUCCAAGAUUGUCAAAGGUGCCGUGGCAGCAGCGCUGGGCUGCUUGGGCGAGCGGGAAGUGAAUUCGAUCCCUUGGCGACUUGAGAGUGACACAACCUUGGUGUCUCACAACAAAAAGCUCAUGAUGGUGUGCCAGUACGUGUGCCAACUCGCCCGUGAGGAUGGAUUGGGCGAGGUUCAGUUGGAGGAUCAUGACAUGAAACCCAAGAUGAGGGCCCCUGAAGCGACUUGA